GAAGACCGUAGAUUUACAGGCGAAGGGGCUGAGGUGGACGAGAUGAUGGAGGAGAUCGAUGCGGGGGACGUGCCGCCGCAGCCGACGACUACGCGCGCGGGGAAGCGCUCCGCGUGCUGUGUUGCGUUGCACGAGCACGACACGAACCCGGUGCAGACUGAGGAAAUUGUUCAGAUGGCGCACGACGCCAUUGACGUUGUUGGCCUUGCAGCCGUGAUUCCGAAGCAGGUAUUGGCGCAAAACACGUCACCUAACACUUCCCUCGCAUGGGAAGCUGUUGGCGAGGUUAAGAGUUUCAGUGACAAGGAAAUCGCGACGGAGCUUAAGCGGAAGCUAGACGAAAAGUACGGCGGUGUUUGGCAUGUUAUUGUCGGGGCGCACUUUGGAGGGAACAUCACCAGUGAUGCGGAAACAUUGGCGAAUUUCCAGAUUGAUAAGCGGCACUUCCUGGUGUUCCGGUCGGGUCCACCUGAGCGUCCGAUUUUAUUGGAUGGUAGUGGUGUUAUUGCGGAGAUCUAAGAUUCCAUAAAUGGAUAUCUAUAGGCUGGAAUGUGACUAGGAUUAGGGGAAGUAGAAAUGGCCACAGAGUAAUAGAUCGAUUCCUGUUGCUGAAGAGAAAAAAUACGUACUUAACACGAUUAGACGGAGAUUAUCCCGAAUCUUUUAUAACUUUUGGAUAUGUAAACAGAAAAGCGUAUAGCCAAGAUGGAUCUGAUAGCAAUAUUUACUGCUUACAUGGCUUGCAUUUAGAUGUAAAUAUAACUUUUUCAGGGAUACUGCGAAUACAUGUAACUUGUAUUCAGUUACUCUUUGCUUUGAACGACA